GAACUACUGUAAAUCUCAACGCGGCCAUUUGCAAUUUAUAUUCACUGCAAUUUGUAAUUUGUAGAAAGUUAAGAAAAGGUUUUUUUUUGCUAGAUUAUCAAAUCGGAAUUUUGACAAUUUUUUUCGACAUCGCUAUGCUACUGUCGAGCUAUUCGCGUAACAAGUUAAUUGUGCCGAUAAAUUAGUGUUAAAUCCCCUGAAAGAAAAAAUAUCGAAAAGUUGUGUGAACAAAAAAAAAUUAUUUGACAGUAAAAACGAAAAGGCAAAAAAAAACAUUUUUUUUUAUUGUGGUGAUUUGUUCAGAGCCGAUUAUAUUCUCUGCUAUUCUUUUUUUUGAUUGCUAAAAAUAUAAUUUGUUGAAAUAUUGUAGUGAAGUGGAUUGCAGGAUUGUGGUUUUGAAUAUACAAUAAUAUUCGUGUGUAUAUAAAACUGCAGGCUAGAUAGGAUAUUUUUUGUGUGUGGAGCGAAUUUUAUAUCAUUUUCAGUUUUCAUUUUUUCUGUUGGAUGCGACAACAUAGAUGGAUGGAUCAGGCGAAGUAAUCCUCUAAUGUGACCACAUUCACGGGUGACUCAGGUGACUGACAACCAAAAGCACAAAUAUACACAUAUACUGACGACCGAGUACUGCUAAAUGCAAGUAUUUGGCAUCCCAAACAACACGCCAAAAAUCAUCUGCCGAUCACAACCAUUUUUGGCAUCCAUUCCAACCAGUGACAAACCAAACACCGUUCUCAACACAUUUCCAUUCCAUUGAAGCUAAGGAAAAUAAACGCUCGGAAAUACGGCGUUCGUGUACUUUGGCACCUAGUUCAAGACUGGCUCAUAACGGUGAAACAAGGGGGGCCGAGUCUCCCGACACACCACACGAAGGCGGAGCCACCUGUUGGUGGGCUUCGUGGACUGCUAUGGGCUGCUUUGGUUCGGCUGGAUCAAAACAGUCUGAUGCUAGUGGUUCCGAGGACACAAAAAGUCAAAAGCGACGCAGUGAUCAAAUCACCAAACAAUUACAGAAAGACAAGCAAGUGUACCGGGCUACACAUCGGCUGUUAUUGCUUGGCGCUGGUGAAUCGGGAAAAUCGACUAUCGUUAAACAAAUGCGAAUAUUGCACGUGAAUGGAUUCUCUGAAACGGAACGGAAGCAAAAAAUUGAGGAUAUAAAGAAAAAUAUUAGAGAUGCCAUUUUGACUAUUACUGGAGCAAUGAGCACACUUAAUCCACCAAUAACACUAGAAAAACCAGAUAAUCAAGCUAGAGUUGAUUACAUUCAAGAUUACGCAUCAGGUCCCGACUUUAACUACCCACCAGAAUUUUAUGAAAAUACUGAGGAAUUAUGGAACGACCGUGGUGUACAACAAACAUUUGACAGGUCAAAUGAAUAUCAAUUAAUUGAUUGCGCAAAAUAUUUUUUGGAUCGAGUAAGCGUAGUAAAGCAAGCAAACUAUACACCUUCUGAACAGGACAUUCUACGCUGUCGUGUCCUCACUUCGGGUAUAUUUGAGACUAGAUUUCAAGUCGAUAAAGUUAAUUUUCACAUGUUCGACGUUGGUGGUCAGCGCGACGAGCGACGAAAAUGGAUUCAGUGCUUCAAUGAUGUUACUGCAAUUAUAUUUGUUACUGCCUGUUCUAGCUAUAAUAUGGUUCUUCGCGAAGAUCCGACACAAAAUCGACUAAGAGAGUCACUUGACUUAUUUAAAAGCAUUUGGAAUAAUAGAUGGUUACGUACAAUUUCUGUAAUUCUUUUUCUCAAUAAGCAAGAUUUACUAGCUGAAAAGGUGAAAGCCGGAAAAAGUAAACUUUCAGAGUACUUUGCUGAAUACAAUAGAUAUCAAACACCUGGUGAUGCUUUGGCUGAACCGGGAGAGGAACCGGAAGUCAUUCGAGCGAAAUAUUUUAUUCGAGACGAAUUUCUGCGUAUAUCAACUGCAAGUGGUGAUGGAAAACAUUAUUGCUAUCCACAUUUUACCUGCGCUGUCGACACAGAAAAUAUAAAAAGAGUAUUUAAUGACUGUCGCGAUAUAAUUCAAAGGAUGCAUCUUCGUCAAUAUGAACUUUUAUAAAUACAUCACAAACAUUUCACUGAUAUGGUCAUUGUCGUCGUGUCUAUACAAUAAAUUAAAUUAAUAUUUAUAUAGGUAAAAAAUUAGCCAAAAAAAAUGAAAAACAAGAAAAAAUUAAAAAAAACUAGUAAUUAUAUAAAAAAAUAAAAAAAAUAAGCAAAAAUCCUAGAUACUUGCAACCAACCAAUCAUGUUUCAUGUAAUUUUAGUGAAGACAAAGAAAUUUAAAGAAAAAAGUAAAUAAAUGAGAGAAAAUAACAGUAACAAA